UCUUCAGGCGAGACGCACCUGCCUCGAGCGAAAGUCUGGUUCUCUAAAUUCCUGCAAUGUAUGCAGCGCCAGAAGAUCUUGCAAGUGAAGGAGCUGAACAAAGGUGUGGAGAGCAUCGUGGAAGUGGACUGGAAACAUCCAGACAUUAAAGCAUUUGCAGUACCUGAAGGAUUUUCUUCAGCCUCUGCUGCCCAAGACAGCAAGAGUGAAGACAGAGGACAAGUAUACCAUGCUCCUGAAAUCAUUCCGCUUUAUGGAGUCUCAGCAAAAAUGAUCCCACUCUUUCAGGAAUCUGGACACAGAAAAGGCAGCAUCCUCUCAAGCAGUGAGGUGAGAAACAUCAUCAUUAACUACGUGAAAGCUAAUGAGUUGGUUGAUGAAACAAACAAAAACCUUGUGAAGGUGGAUGCCAUUCUGUGUGACUGCCUGUUAGAUAAAACGGAACAAGAUGAAAUCUCAGACCUUAAAUGGGAUGACCUCUUGAGCAGGUGCCUUGAAGGGCUGCAGCCCUUACACCAGGACCUUGAGCUCUACGAUCUAGACCCACAGUGUGUGGCCAACAUUCUGCAACAAAAAGUACAAGCCAGUGCCACCAUCACCCCAGUACCGGCAACAAAAGACAGAGUUCGGGUCCAGAUCCAAGGCAACCAAACGCAUCAUCUGGCUAAGAUGCUGCUCGAAAAAUACCAGCUACCUCGGAAAUACAUUCAAGGCCUUGAGAAGGCUCCAAAGCUUGGCCGGAGGAAGUAG